AUGGAACAAUUGAGAAUAAUCUAUAUUGAAAAUUGUGGGGUGGAGGAAAUUGUUGCAGACGAAGGAGGAAGAGAAGCAGUACCAAGGUUUGUGUUCCCUCAAGUAACUAGAUUGGAUGUUCACAAUUUACAUAGACUUAAGUGGUUUUAUAAGGGAGUGGAUGUUUCAAAAUGGCCGAUGCUAAAAGAGAUGUGGAUCGAAGAAUGCGAGAAAGUUAAGAUAUUUGCUUCUGGAGUUGUGAACUUUCAAGAAACAGUUGAAGAGAGGCAGUCUGGGAUGUCCGUUAAACAACCCAUUUUCUUGGUGGAUGAGGUGUCGGAAUGCAACAAAUUGAGAAUUUUAGUGCCAUCCUCAGUAUUUCUUCAAAAUUUGACAAAUUUAGAUGUAUCAAAUUGUCAUGGCCUGAUCAAUUUAGUUACAUCUUCAACGGCCAAAACUCUGCUGCAACUCAAGACAAUGACUAUAAGAGAAUGCAAAAGGAUUACAAAAAUUGUAGCAAUGGAGGAUGAUGAAGCAAGUGUGGUGAUUACGUUCAACAAGUUAACAUACUUAGAACUUGAUGGCUUACCAAACCUCACAAACUUUUGCUGUGGAGCAUAUUCCUUUGGGUUCCCAUCAUUAGAGAAAGUAAUUGUGAGAUGUUGUCCCGAGAUGAAGACUUUCUGUCAAGGAAUCUUAAGUACACCAAAGCUGAAAGGAGUACAAGAAACAGAAUAUGAAGAUGAUUCAAAUUGGGAGCAUGACCUUAAUACCACCACACUUAGGCUUUGGAAGUCAAAUCACGAUGAUACUCAAUGGUUAUUCAGAGAAAGAUUGGGCAGGGGGUCGGUAUUUUCUGUAAGACUAGGCAAAUUUAGAAGCUCGAAUGGUGGAGGAGGAAUUGAAAGAAGAUACGGAGAGACUAGUAGUAGUAAUUUGGAUGCAAGAAGAUGUUACUCUUUGGGAUCAUAUCAAUAUGUGGUUGCUGAUUCGGAGCUGCAAGUUGCCCUAUGCCCCAAUAGAGUGGGUGAUAGUACGAGGAUUGUGAAAGGGAGAGGCAUACAACACAGGAAAUCCACAAAUGAUGGGGAGGAUGAAGGGAAAAAGAUUAACAUUGGCACUAAAGCUGAAAGCUUCUCUGUUUCUAAGAUCUAG